CUUCCUAUCUAUCUUACUUCAAGACAAUCCAUUGAACACUUUCAUUCUCUCUAGAAUUUCAUUUCUUUAAUCUCUAUCAAUGGCGUUUAAGAAAACCCUAACUCAGCGUCUCUUAAACAUCACCAAAAUGUCGUCGCAAUCGCUCUCGAAUUGUCGCAUUUCCUCUUCUUCUUUUCAAUCGCGGAUCCCUUCCACCGCCGCCAAGCGCGACAUUGCCCCGGAGCCCGGGGACGACGGUGUUUUCCGUAGGUUUCUCCAUAAGAGAGCCGCGUUCCGACCGGAGGUCCGAUCUCCGCAUCCUGCCGGGGAGAGUCUAAUCCAAAAACUCCGGGAGAUGGACAUUGCGAAGAACCGGAUCCGGUUGGACGGGUUGAGUCCGCCGGAGAAGGAGAAAUCGGCGGUGGAAGUCCAAGAUGUUAGGAAAUUGUUGAGAGCCGCGCAGCUUGAGGCGGUGAAGUCGAAGCUGAGGAAGAUCCAGCAGAGUUGCGUGUCGUACUCGGAGUUUGUUCAAAUGUGCGGCGAGAAUUGUUCCGAUCGAGAACAGGCGAAGCAGAUUGCGAAAAUACUGGACGAUUCCGCAACUGUAAUCAUCUUAGGCGACGUCGUUUUUCUGAAACCUGAACAGGUAGCAAAAACAAUCCAGGCUCUGCUCCCUGUACCCGGACAAAAACCUAAUGAUGCAGAAACAAAAGAACUUGAAGAAAUGGAGAAAGUGAAAGCAGCUAUUGACAACAAAGCUGCAACAGGGGUCCGCCGUGAGCUCUGGGGCGGACUCGGUUUUCUGACGGUACAAACAUUAGCAUUCAUGAGGCUCACAUUCUGGGAGCUUAACUGGGAUGUAAUGGAGCCCAUAUGCUUCUAUGUGACCUCAAUGUACUUCAUGGCUGGCUACACAUUCUUCAUGAGAACAUCCAAAGAACCUUGCUUUGAAGGUUUCUAUCAGAGCCGCUUCAGCACUAAGCAGAAGCGUCUGAUGAAACUUCACAAUUUUGACAUUGCAAGGUAUAAUCAACUCAAGGAUGCUUCGCCACUGGCAUCAUCUUCUGAGUUGAAUUCAACUACUGUUCAUCCAUUGAACCAAUUUCAGAGAACUUUUUGACCUGUAUCAGGUCGUUCGUUGGUUGGUAAUAUCAGUAACUGUAUCCGAUUAUUGCUAAGACAGUAACAAAAACUGAAGUAAAAUGAAAAUGAUAUUACGAGGGUGAGAUAGAAUUAGGUGCGGCUUUAUGUACAAUAGCUACUGAGUCUCUUUUUUUUUUUGCCUUUUUGUUUAACAACAUAUUAACCUUUUUGAAUA